AUGGAUGGAUUUUAUGACCAGCAAGUGCCUUACAUGGUCACCAAUAAUCCACGUGGGAGAAACUGUAAUGAGAGACCGACAAAUGUCAGGAAAAGAAAAUUCAUUAACAGAGACCUGGCUCAUGAUUCAGAAGAACUCUUUCAAGAUCUUAGCCAAUUACAGGAGACAUGGCUUGCAGAAGCUCAGGUACCUGACAAUGAUGAGCAGUUUGUGCCAGACUAUCAGGCUGAAAGUUUGGCUUUUCAUGGUCUCCCUGUGAAAAUCAAGAAGGAACCCCAUAGCCCAUGUUCAGAACUUGGCUCCACUUGCAGUCAAGAGCAACCAUUCAAGUUCAGUUAUGGGGAAAAGUGCCUGUACAAUGUCAGUGCCUAUGAUCAGAAGCCACAAGUUGGAAUGAGGCCCUCCAACCCACCAACGCCAUCCAGCACUCCUGUGUCACCCCUGCACCAUGCCUCCCCAAACUCUACUCAGACUCCUAAACCCGACCGGGUUUUCCCUGCCCAUCUCCCUCCAUCCCAGUCCAUUCAAGACAACAGCUUCCCUAUGGACCACAGAUUUCGUCGCCAGCUUUCUGAACCCUGCAAUUCUUUCCCGCCUUUGCCUGCAAUGCCAAGGGAAGGACGUCCAAUAUAUCAGCGCCAGAUGUCUGAGCCAAACAUCCCUUUCCCGCCUCAAGGUUUUAAGCAGGAGUACCACGAUCCAGUUUAUGAACACAAUGCUAUGGUUGGCAGUGCAGCCAGUCAAAAUUUUCCCCCUCCUCUGAUGAUUAAACAAGAACCUAGAGAUUUUGCAUAUGAUUCAGAAGUGCCUAGCUGCCAUUCUAUUUACAUGAGGCAAGAAGGCUUCCUGGCUCACCCAAACAGAACAGAAGGCUGUAUGUAUGAAAAGGGACCUAGGCAGUUUUAUGAUGACACUUGCGUUGUUCCAGAGAAGUUUGAUGGUGAUGUCAAACAGGAGCCAGGCAUGUACCGUGAGGGACCCACGUAUCAACGGCGAGGCUCGCUUCAGUUGUGGCAGUUCUUGGUAGCUCUUCUUGAUGACCCAUCAAACUCUCACUUCAUAGCGUGGACUGGCCGAGGCAUGGAGUUCAAGCUGAUUGAGCCGGAGGAGGUGGCACGUCGCUGGGGGAUUCAGAAAAAUAGGCCAGCUAUGAACUAUGAUAAACUUAGCCGAUCACUUCGCUAUUAUUACGAAAAGGGAAUCAUGCAAAAAGUGGCUGGAGAAAGAUAUGUCUACAAGUUUGUUUGCGACCCUGAAGCGCUUUUCUCCAUGGCUUUUCCAGACAACCAACGCCCCUUACUGAAGACUGACAUGGAGCGCCACAUCAACGAGGAGGACACUGUGCCUCUGUCCCACUUUGAUGAGAGCAUGGUCUACAUGCAGGAUGGUGGCUGCUGCAACACCCACCCCUAUAACGAAGGCUAUGUCUAUUAACAACAGUGACAGUGAAGGGGAUGUUUUUCCCUUAGGCUUCUCCUCUUUCACAAGACCUAGAGGAAAGCUCAAUCGACUUCAGUUUGUUUUUUAAAUAGUACACUAAAAGGGGCUUUUCUGUUGCAUUACUCCUAUGGUCUGCCAUGGACAGCGCACUUUAUCUGAAAGGGGAGGGUUGGAACCUAAACGUUAUUCUGUGUAACAGGAAGGAAAGGGUGGGUUUGCUUUUUACCUAAGUUUGGGAAGGGAAUAUACAGGUUUUAAGUACAAAAAAGCUAUAUCAUGUCUGUUUUGUUUCAUAUUGGCAUAUGGUAAUGUACAUUUUCUCUGGGUAUCUGUAGUACAGUUAAUUCUCAUUGUGCAAAAUAACUACCUAAGGAUGGUAUCAGCACAUGCAUAGGGCAUUUGUUUCUUGCCAUUCUUAAUUGUCUUUCUGCAGUUAUAAAAGAGAAGCAAAGCGUAUACCACAGCGUUUAAUGUAGAAGCUUGCAGUGGCAGACCUUGCUUCUGAAAACAAACAGGUAUCUUGAGAAUUUUUUUUUUUCUUUUUUCCACACUUUUUUUUGUAUGUCAUUAAAUAAAAACCUGUUUAAUGACAGAGUGGCCAUAAGUACAGUGACCAAACAGCAAAAUCCCUGAGUUCAGACUGCAAGCCACAUGACGUACCUGGUGCCACAUUGCUAUACCUAUAUGGCCCAUGCUAUGGCUUAGACCUUUCAAGAUCUGUUUGAGGUUAGUAAUUACAUGUGGUAGGCUUUCUGAUGAUCAUGUCAGCAUUAAAUACAGGAUCAUGACUGGGAGGGAGAAAACAUUUUGUAUCUUUCCAUUUCCUUUGCUACAUAAAUAAGUUAUUUAAUCAAUAGGAAUUAACUGUACUAAGUCACAUAUCUAAUUAUGCUGUUUAGACACAGCAAGCACUCCUUGAGAAAAAUAUCCAAUACACUAAAUAGGUACUUUAGUAAAUUUUAGACACGGUACCCAUUAAUAUACAUUUAAACCUUUUACUGCUGUGUUAUGUUGAUAACAUAUAUAAAUACUAGAUAAUGCUAAUGCUUCUGCUGCUGUCUUUUUCUGUAAUAUUCUCUUUGAUGCUGAAUUUACUAUGACCAUUUAUAAGCAAUGCUGUAACUACAGGUAGCAUUUCAGGACAAAAUAGAUGACUUGAACCAUUUAUUGCUUAGAAAAUAGCUUAGGCCAUAGCUGUGCUAUAAGCAGCUUUUAUGCGCAUCCACAAAUGACUAGUAAGCUUCAGCUUGCUAAGGAAAGCUCUGCAGAACCUUUUGUAAUUUUUUGGUGGAACGGAGACUUAGACGAACUGUCAAAGCAUACCAUGAAGUCGCUGUAUGACAUUGUAGUGCUGGCACUGAUGUUACCAAUCAAAUUGUUUUGGACACUAAAUGUAAAUGUGAUAAGAUAUGCUCGGAAGACAAUUUAAAUUUUGAGGGGGUUUU